AUGAUACAUUCGUUAUUACUGAAUCUUCUUCACCACCACCAUCACCACUCUUAUAUCAUUGUCACACUACUUUUAAUAUCUCAACUCACCCACGUUAAUGCUGCUUGGUACCCUUCUGCCAAACUGGUUGGUUGUUAUUCACAAAUAUCCAAUGGUGAUUCCCAGGGAGAUUACCAAUUUCAAUCCUCAGGUUAUUGUUCAGCUGUAGGAUGUCCCAACAGUCAAUAUAUUGCCAUAAAAGAUAAAGAAUGCAUAUGUUUAUCAAGUUUACCUUCUAGUUCAUAUAAGGAAGAUAGUUCAAGUUGUAAUAUUGCUUGUCCUGGUUAUGAUUCUGAAAUGUGUGGUGGAUCUAAUGAUUAUUCAAUAUUUGUUGGUAAAGGUAAUGAUGGGGAUGAUGAUUCAUCAUCUUCAUCGGCUGAUUCUUCUGCUUCUUCUGCCACCGAAGGUGGUAACAACAAUGCCGCAUCAUCAUCAACCAAUAGUCAACAAUCUUCUUCAACUGCAAAUGAUAAUAGUGCUAGUUCAGAUGAUAGCAAUUCUUCCAAUGCAGCUGCUACAAUUUCAGCUAUAACUACACAAACAACCACCACCAACAUCAAUCCUGGCUCAACUGUAGUCACCAGCACUGUUAGUUCCAGCGAUGAUAAUGGAGGUGUAGUCUACAGAACAAUCACUCAAAGUGCAUCAACCAAGACCUCAUCUUCACAAUCACAAUCUACUCAUCCAUCAUCAGCAACCUCAUCCGAGUCAAUUGCAAAGACAGAAUCUUCCACUACAUCUGGUUCUACAUCUAGCUCCACAUCUUCAAGUGAUACCAAAGAAUCAAACUCAAACUCAGAUUCAAGUGGAGGUAACAAAUCUUCAGUUGGCGCCAUUGCUGGUGGAGUAGUUGGAGGUGUUGUCGGAGCAAUACUUUUAGCAGGUAUUGCAAUUUUCUUUAUCAGGAAACGGAGAUCUCAAGAUGACUAUGAUGAUGAUUAUGAUGAAGAAGGAUUUUAUAAUGAAAAACCGGUCACUGGAGGUGGCCUUGGAGGUGGUGCCGGAGUUGGAGUUGGAGGCUCAAUCUCACGCACAGUUGGAUCACACAAGGGGUCAAGAAAGAAUAAUAAACAAAAACCACAUUCACCUUUGGAUAUGCCAAUGGCUAAUCCAUUCCAACAUCCAGAUGAUGAUUUAGUACUGAAUAAUACAUCAACUACAACCACAGGAAAUCCAAGUAUACGACAGUAUCAAAUGAAUGGUAUGGGAAACAAUGCAAAUAAUGCAGAAUUUAUUGAUCCAAGAUUAAAUCCAGUAAUGAUGGGUAGGAAACGAUUAUCUGAUGGAUCAUUGGCUGAUGAAGCAGCUGCCGAUUAUACUCGGAAGGUUCUACAAGUGGCAAACCCCGAUGAGAGUUGA